UAUCACUAUUUAUCCAACAUUUCACUCUUGUUUAUGUGUAGACUAUUAAGUCACGUGUGUAAUUUUGCUAAUAAAACUUUCCAUGUAAGAAACCCAAAAUGACGAACGUAAUUUAUUUUUUUGUUGUUGGAUUUGUCACCGUAUAAACAAGCCCCAACCACAUCGUUACGUCGUCGCGAACUUUCACCUUUCAACUUAACCGAAGACAUGGCGCAAAAGACAAGUGUUAGCGGACAGCGACUGCUGUAUUUACUUAUUUUUGUUGCUUUUAUGCAUUUAAUAGCAUGUCCUUAUACAAAAGUGGAAGAAAGUUUCAAUCUACAAGCAAUCCACGACCUUCUGUAUCACAGGCUGGAUUUAGAGAAGUAUGAUCAUCAUCAGUUUCCAGGUGUUGUUCCACGAACAUUUCUUGGCCCACUCUUUAUAUCACUACUGUGCUCACCAGUAGUAUUUGCUUGUUCGCUUUUUGGAAUAUCAAAGUUUUAUUCUCAAAUAAUUGUUAGAGGCAGUCUGGGACUUUUUGUGAUCUAUACUUUAUGGCAUCUUCAGAAAGAAGUCAGAAAAAGCUUUGGAUCACAAGUAGCAAAUCUCUUUUGUUACAUUACUGCUACUCAGUUUCAUUUGAUGUUCUACUGUACAAGAACAUUACCCAAUCUAUUUGCUCUUCCUGUAGUUCUUUUGGCCUUUACAGCUUGGCUUCAGCAAAAGCAAAGGAACUUCAUUGGACUCUCUGCACUUGCUAUUAUUGUUUUUAGAUCUGAACUAAGUUUAUUCUUGGGCCUCAUGCUGCUGAUGUCUUUAAUAAACAGGAGACUUUCUAUUUUACAACUGCUGUAUUAUGCUGUUCCAUUUGGUGCUGUUUGCCUUGGUCUAACAGUUUUUAUCGAUUCUAUAUUUUGGAGGCGUCUUCUAUGGCCUGAAGGAGAUGUACUUUGGUAUAAUACAGUUUUAAAUAAAAGCUCAAAUUGGGGAAUCUUUCCAUUUUUGUGGUACUUCUACUCUGCUUUACCACGUGCCCUUGGUUGUUCUCUUAUGUGUAUUCCUAUUGGAGCAGUGGAUCAAAGAAUGCGGAUCUUACUUUUGCCAACCAUUGGUUUUAUUUUCUUGUAUUCAUUUCUUCCUCACAAGGAGUUGCGGUUUAUAAUAUACACUUUUCCUGUCUUCAAUAUAGUAGCAGCUAAAGGUUGUUCCUUAAUAUUAAAUAACUACAGAAAAUCAUGGCUAUAUAAAAUUGGAUAUUUACUUGUGAUUGGCCAUUUAGUAGCCAAUGCAGCAUACUCCAGUAUGGCCCUGUAUGUUUCUCACUUUAAUUAUCCAGGAGGAAAAGCAAUGGAACAACUACAUGAGCUUAUACCAUCAACAGAAGAUGUUUUUGUUCACAUUGAUGAUGCUGCAGCACAAACUGGUGUAUCACGUUUCAUGGAGCUCAAUGAUAACUGGAGGUAUGACAAGGUGGAGAAUAUUAAACCAGGAAAUCCAGAAAUGGCUAAAUACACGCAUAUUUUAAUGGAGGCUGAUCCGUCUCAACUUAUUUACUUUAAAAACACACACAAAGCUGUAGCACAUAUACCUGGAUUUAGUAAAUUAGCUUUUAAUCUAUCAAUAUUACCUCCUGUGUCUGUAAAAACUGAAUCAAAGUUAGUGAUUUUAGUAAAAAUCAGCAGUUUAGAUAUCAGUUAAUAAAAGAAAAUGCAUGAAGUUUUUUUUUUUUGAUGGAAAUUCACUUAUCAGUUAUAUCCUAUAAUGUGCAUUUUAAAGAACAAUUUUGUAAAAAAAAUAUAUAUAUAUUUUUGUAUUUUAUUUUUACUAAAAAAAAAUCAUACGUGUGAUAACACAUUUUGUUAAUACUGAGUACAUGAAACCUAUACAAUAGCUUGUUAACUGGAGUGCAAAAAUGUACCACUUCCCACUGUUUACAAAUUAGAGUGAAGAAAUAAUAUGCAAUGAAUGCCUGCCAUCCUCUUCUUUUACAGCAUUAUAAAGUAUAACUUGUUUGGCCUGAUGCUCAAUCUGUCAUUCUUAAUGUUAGUUUUCCCAAAUGAUAUUUAUUCGGUAAUGGCACCGAGUGUCACUGCUGCAUAUGGAGAAGAAGAAAAAAAGGGAAAAUAGUAGCACCUAUUGUUGAUAAUUUCAAAUUUUUUUAUUUGAGAUUAAUAAGUAUCAGAAGGGGUAUUUGGUGUAAAAUAAACAUAACCGUAUGAUAUGCAACCAAGAUACAAACGCUAAGGACUGAAUGUUCACUACCAGGCAGAUUUUUAUACACGGUGGGGGCUCUGUAGCUAAAGGCCAUAACUUCUACAUUAGUCUUAUUUAUUCAUGAACAUUCCAGAAGAGCAACAUCUUAUGAUCACAUUAUACACAUUGGAAUGCACACAUAAUGUUCUUUUAAGUAAAGUGAGCCAAUUACAGUCCACUUUAGGGUUGGAGACUUAUGACUAUAUUUGCUAGUUUUAGUAAAGAUUCCAGUUGCAGCAUUUUAAAAUCUCUGCCGCCUAAAAGAGAACAAUAUACUGAUUCUUUUGCAAGUCAUUUUGGAUGAAAGCAUCUACUUAGCAAAUAAAUGUACCUGCAUUUCUUUUUAAUAUAAUAAGUACAUAGAUUAAAUUGCUGUACUCUGCUUAGUGAAAAAAACUAUGCCUUUAUUUUCCAAUAGGCAGACUAAACCACAAACCAUUGUCAAAGAUUAAUUUAAUUAUGAAAACUCCUAUAAAGAAUCUUGCAGCUUAAAGUUAAACAGAAUAUUUUUCGUUAAGUAUGUAUCUCCGUAAUCUCCAUGCCAUAACUUAUGAGCAUGGAGAGAAAAUGGUAAAGGAGCCCUGUGACCACUGUAUCCAACUUAAGGACUUAAAGAUUUUUUUUAAAUUUAUAUUUCUCUGCAUAUUAGAAGCACUUUAAUCAUUUUGAGUUAAGCCAUGGCUCAAACCCGUUCUUGGGCCUCUACAAUAGAAUGAUGUGUUCAAUAGUUUCAGAAAAUGUUUUAAAAUCUAAUAACAUAAUAGUUUUAGUAUUCACUUUUUUGGAAGAUGUUGGGAUAUUACUCGGAAGAAUGUUGGUUUUUCUGCUUUGAGUGAGAUGAAAGUGGUGUAAUUUUCAAUUAGAUUAUGGUAUUUAAAAUAAGAAUAGAAUUUUUGAGGCUGUUACUUUUUAUUUUCAAAAUCCUUCAAAAACGUAUGUUGCUCAAUAA